UGUUGACCAUGGUAGUCACGACCUUACAACGAAGAAAUAUUUUCUGACGCCUGCCAACAUCGCUGGUCUCAGGACAGUUACAUUUUAGAACCCGAUUUUACCAUCGUUUCGAUAGUAAAAUGGCAGAAUCGAAAUCCGAGACUGAAUUUAAGAUCCAGCCUGAAGCUAUUUCGGCUAGCAAAAUCAACACCGAAGAAUGGCCUUUGCUGUUGAAAAACUUUGACAAGCUUCUUGUCCGUACUGGCCACUAUACCCCUAUUCCAUGUGGUAGCAACCCUUUGAAACGCCCAAUUGCUGACUAUGUUUCAUCUGGUGUAAUGAACCUGGACAAACCAGCAAACCCAUCUUCUCACGAAGUUGUCGCCUGGGUGAAAAAAAUUCUUCGUGUAGAGAAGACUGGCCACAGUGGUACUUUGGAUCCCAAAGUCACUGGUUGCUUGAUUAUUUGCAAUGACCGUGCCACUCGUCUUGUCAAAUCUCAACAAAGUGCUGGUAAAGAGUAUGUUUGUAUUUUGCGUCUUCACGAUGCUAUCGAGAACGAGCGCAAGCUUGCUUCCUCUAUUGAAACUCUCACCGGUGCUUUGUUUCAGCGUCCUCCUUUAAUUUCAGCUGUUAAACGUCAAUUGCGUAUUCGUAGCAUUUACGAGUCCAAGUUGAUUGAAUUUGAUCAAGACAGAAACCUUGCCAUCUUUUGGGCUAGUUGCGAAGCUGGUACUUACAUGCGUACCCUCUGUGUUCACCUUGGUCUGUUGCUUGGUGUUGGUGCUCAUAUGCAAGAACUUCGUCGUGUUCGUUCUGGUUGUUUGUCUGAAAACGACGACAUAGUCACCAUGCACGAUAUCUUGGAUGCUCAAUGGGUUUACGAUAACACUCGUGAUGAAUCUUACUUGCGUCGCGUCAUUCGCCCAUUGGAGUCUCUCCUUGUUGGCUAUAAGCGUGUUGUCGUCAAAGACAGUGCUGUUAAUGCUGUUUGCUACGGUGCCAAGUUGAUGAUUCCUGGUCUUCUCCGCUAUGAAUCUGGCAUCGAGGUUAAUGACGAAGUCGUCCUUAUGACUACUAAAGGUGAAGCUAUUGCUGUUGGUAUUGCUCAAAUGUCUACUGUUGAGCUUUCAACUUGCGACCAUGGCGUUGUUGCCAAGGUCAAGCGUUGUAUCAUGGAACGUGAUCUCUAUCCCAGACGUUGGGGUCUUGGACCUCAAAGCAUGAAGAAGAAGAGUAUGAAGAAGGAAGGUAAGCUUGAUAAGUAUGGCCGUCCCAACGAGAAUACUCCUUCCGACUGGUCCAAGAGCUACGUUGAUUACAAUGAUCCUAAUGCUCCUGUUCCUACCCCAGCAGUCGCCCCUACACCAGUUCCCGAGACUGUUCCUGAGCAUGCUCCUGCUGUCGAAGCUGAUGCUGAAAAGAAGGAUGAGUCUACUAAGAAGCGUAAGACUGAAUCUGAAGACGAAGAGGCCGCUAAGAAGGAAGAGAAACGGCGGAAGAAGGAAGAAAAGAAGGAGAAGAAGGAAAAGAAGGAAGAUAAGAAGGAGAAAAAGGAGAAGAAAGACAAAAAGGAAAAGAAAAAGUCUGAGUAAAGAUGCUGAAGGAAUGUGAAUUAUUCAAUCACGCGAAAGGAAUUAAUAAUUCUAUAUUGUUUGGUUUAAGGGUCUUUUUGGAAAAUUUGCUUUGACAGUCUUUCUAGCGGUGUAAGUUUAACAAUAAAAAACUUCUGCUUUCAUAACUUUUCUGUUCUCGUCAAGAUCACGAGGAUCUUUUGUGUUUCUUAUGCUCCUUUUGACUUAUUUAAAAAGAAACAUUUGAGUUAAGCCUACUCACUAGUUUAUAAUAACAAUAUUUGAAAGUUUUUGGAUAUUAUGCUUGACGUCCUUUGUAGAGACCAUAGAAAAUAUAAUUAACUGGACAAGAAAGGAAAUUCUUGUAUAUAUAUAUAUAUGUAAUACAUUCAUAAAAC